AUGGAAUGCCCAUGCCAGGAAUGCGGUGAAUGUAAAUUUGGUAUUGGCAACUUACGUGUUGGGGCCAGCGUUGGCCAUGGACAGGAGUCCGGGCCUGGUGUGCUUGAUCUCGAAGUUCUCGUCGGCAAACUUCUCGCCGUAGACGGACUUGCCACCAGUGCCCUACAACAGAAAACGGGACUAAGCAUUGAUGGAGGUAUAACAUACGUUGCCACGGGUGAAGUCACCACCCUGGAGCAUGAAGUCUGGGAUGAUACGGUGGAAGCUGGAGCCCUUGUAGCCUCCAACGUUGGGCUCGCCAAUGCAGAGGCGCCUGAAGUUGUCGGCAGUCUUGGGGACUAUGUCAUCGUACAGCUUGAAGACGACGCGCUUGGUCUGGGGGCCUAA